UUCAAACAAAUGAGAGAGAGAGAGAGAAAUGGCAGAGGUCAACAAGAAGAGACGCUCAAGCCUUAAUCCACUCUCUCCGUUCUUCUUAUGCCGCCACUCCGACUAAUCUCAAGUGGUUGUUCUACAGAUCAUCGACCUAUACAAUGUUUAUUCUACUCUACUACUCUAAUUCAGGAUUUUACCGUGGAACAAGAUAGUGUCAGACCAGCUGAUGGUUGGAAGGCUUACUAUGCAGCUACAAGAGCAAUUGUGAAUAUUAAUGCAGAGUUUUUUAGAAUUCUCAGGGAAAGAUCACUUCCAACAAUGAGUCGUUUCUGGCGUAAUGCAGACUAUGUGAAGUGCAUUAAUUCUUCAGGGGAGCUUUUUACUGGGUAUGAUGCCUUGUUUUUGUUUAUUGUAAUUUUGAUGUACGUGGUAUGAGUGCAUUUGGUGUUAUAAUCCCCCACCGCAUUCUUCUAAGAUGCUUUUUAGUUCACUUGAAGAAAUAA